AUGAAUGGCGCCGACAUCAAGAAGGCGGCCAUCAACAAGGCAAAGGCGGUCGCGCAGGCGGCCAACGGCAACAGCGGCAAGGCGAAGCGGCGGAAGGGCCAGGACCUGAAGCCCAUCAUCACCACCGAGGGGCAGGGCGCGCAGCACAGACAUUCCACCCCCCCUCCUCCCCCGCUAACGCCCCGCAGCACCACGGCGUCGCCGCUGCAGCAGCACAAGAUGCACGCCGCCCCCCCCAGCCACUCGCCCGACAGCGACUCGUCGUCGCUCGACGAGGCCGACAACACGGCCGACGAGGAGGACAGCGAGGACUACUGCAAGGGCGGCUACCACCCCGUCCAGGUCGGCGAGCAGUACAAGGAGGGCAAGUACACCAUUGUGCGCAAGCUGGGCUGGGGCCACUUCUCCACCGUCUGGCUGUCGCGCGACAACGCCACGGGCAAGCACGUCGCCCUCAAGGUCGUCCGCUCCGCCGCGCACUACACCGAGACGGCGCUCGACGAGAUCAAGCUGCUCAACAAGGUCGUCGAUGCCAAGGAGCUCCACCCGGGCCGCAAGCACGUCGUUAGCCUGCUCGACUCGUUCAACCACAAGGGCCCCAACGGCGUCCACGUCUGCAUGGUGUUCGAGGUGCUCGGCGAGAACCUGCUCGGCCUGAUCAAGCGCUGGAACCACCGCGGCAUCCCCAUGCCCCUCGUCAAGCAAAUCACCAAGCAGGUCCUGCUGGGCCUCGACUACCUGCACCGCGAGUGCGGCAUCAUCCACACCGACCUGAAGCCCGAGAACGUCCUGAUCGAGAUUGGCGACGUGGAGCAGAUUGUCAAGGCCUAUGUCAAGGAGGACCCCAAGAAGAAGGACGGGCCCGACGCCAGCGACCGCAACGGCCGUCGCCGGAGGCGCACCCUGAUCACCGGCAGCCAGCCGCUGCCCAGCCCGCUGAACGCCAGCUUCAACCACGCAGACCUCGCCAGCUUCCCCGGCAGCGCCCAGAGCCUCAACAAGGUCAUGAGCGAGAGCACAGGUAAAGAGUCCCCCACGGCUGUGCCGAGUCCCGCUUCCUCACAAGACGGUUUUGUAAUGAGUGGCGCUCUAGGCACUUCGUCGCAGUCCUCCGGCAUGUCCAUGGCAGAGCGCCUCGGCCUGAAGCCCUCGGCCAGCGAGGACGAGGUGCAGCAGCAGCGCGAGAAGACAGCCGACCUCCUCACCAGAGAAGUGUCCGGCAUCAGCCUCGACAAGCAGUCGACAAACUCCAACGAGAAAUCCACCGCAAACACACCCGACCUCGCAUUCGAGAAGAUCUCGGUCAAAAUCGCCGAUCUAGGAAACGCCUGCUGGGUCGGCCACCACUUCACAAACGACAUCCAGACGCGCCAGUACCGGUCGCCCGAGGUCAUCCUGGGCAGCAAGUGGGGCGCCAGCACCGACGUCUGGAGCAUGGCUGCCAUGACGUUCGAACUCAUCACGGGCGACUACCUCUUCGACCCGCAGUCGGGCACAAAAUACGGCAAGGACGACGACCACAUUGCGCAGAUCAUCGAGCUGCUCGGCACGUUCCCCAAGUCGCUCUGUCUGUCGGGCAAAUGGAGCCAGGAGAUCUUCAACCGCAAGGGCGAGCUGCGCAACAUCCACCGUCUGCGCCACUGGGCGCUGCCCGACGUACUCCACGAGAAAUACCAUUUCCCCAAGGACGAGGCAAAGGAGAUUGCCUCCUUCCUGCUGCCCAUGCUCGAGCUCCUGCCCGUUGAUCGCGCCAAUGCGGGGGGCAUGGCUAGCCACGAAUGGCUCAAAGACACCAAGGGCAUGGAGGGCGUGGAUCUGGGCAUCACGUGUCGCAGCAAAGGCGAGGGGAUCGAGGGGUGGGCCACGGAGAUCAAGAAGACGAGGUGA